CCCUCCGUUUAGGUUGAUCCCCCCUGAAAGGCCCAGUGUCCGGAGAAAUGCAUUGUAAUUCUACGAGAUUAUCUUCUGGUCAUGUUGACUUGCCGACUUUUCUUUUUCGCUGUCUUUUUUGCCCUUGGGCAUAUCGGGAGGGAACGGGUUGAAAAGGAACGACCUGCCAACACUAUAAGGUUAUCACCUGGACAAUUCCCACCUUUUUUUCUUUUCUUGAGUCGGGUUUGGACGAUAUUGCAGACCCUGCUGGCAGAGAUUGAGCAUUAUAUGGGCUGGGGGCGGAGAUCCUGCUCCUACUCUUCCCUUUUUCCUUUUUUCUUUUCCUUGACCCUUUCUUUUUCUUUUUUUCGAUUUCCUUUCCCUAUCUCAGUUAUCUAUGGGUAUGGUUUGCGGUCCUUCAAACCACUUCACUCCGCCCGGUUUCGCUCAUCCAGCAAGGCAUUAUACGGACCUCGAAGCGGAGCGGUCAUGACUCGAGGGCGACACGGUCGUCCCUUUAUACCUCCACUUAUCUACGUCUAUCGUCAUCAUACUCGUCAUCUUGAACACUCCUUUUUAUGGUGCUACGGCUCGGAACGGCGAACUUACUUUUUUUUGAGAUUUUUUCCAUUUCCAUUUCCUUUUUCCUUUUGCCCUCCUACAACACUCCGCAUUCUGGCAUGAGAGCCAUUUAAUAUUAGAUUUCAUAUUGUGUCAGACUACAUGAGCAUUGCCCCUAUUCUUAUCUUUUCUUCGAACCAUGACCUCCGCCGCCUCCUUUUUACCGCCCGUGCU